AUAAAAGAAUCUCCGCGUCCGUCCGUCUUCUUCGCGCCUGCAAGGCAGAAUCUCCGCGUAACACUCUUCUCUGUUUCUCAUCGCUUUCUCUCCGAUUUCUGAACCCCGCACGAUCGGAAUCUGAAUCGGCGGAAUCAGACGACGAUCGGGAUGGGUUCUGUUUCGGAUUUUCAACCCAAAACGAUCACUGAUUUCCUCCGUCAGAUUUCGAUGCUAACGAAUGCCGCCGAUCGGACUUCGAAACUCGAUGAUCUUGUGAAGAACUUGCAGGAUGAAAUGAAGAAGAUCGAUGCCUUUAAGCGGGAGCUUCCCUUCUGUAUGCUUCUAUUGAACGAUGCGAUCCUUGCUUUGGGUAAGCCCAAACUGGUUCUUGAGGAUUUCAUGUCAUUGAACAGAGAUUCUUCUGAUGAGGAGGAGAAGGAACAGGAUUGUGGAGAUAAGAAGGAAUGGAUGAGCUCUGUUCAGCUAUGGAAGACUGAUCAGUUGCCAAACGCCCAAAUCAAAACUAAGAGAAAUGAGGGAUGGGGUUAUUUAGCUGCUGCAAACAAGAAUGAAGAGAGAUUGUUUGUUGGUUUCAAGUCAUGUUCUGCUGUGAAGAAGGAAGAGAAGAUUGAAUCUCCCAUUUGUGCACUUUCCUUCGUCACUCCCUGCUCGAAGAAUCCUAGAGAAGGCUUAGUUUCAUGUGUUUUGGGGUCGAGUGGAAACCGAGCUACAUCAACCUCUUUUGUUGAUGUACGGUCGAAUCUACGGACGGUGUUGCCUCAGCAGCAGUCGCCUGGUCGGAAGCAGAGGAGAUGCUGGUCACCAGAAUUGCAUCGGCGGUUCGAGAAUGCCUUGCAGCAACUUGGAGGUUCACAAGUCGCAACCCCGAAACAAAUAAGAGAAUUGAUGCAGGUAGAUGGCCUAACCAAUGAUGAAGUAAAAAGUCAUUUACAAAAAUACCGUCUUCAUACUCGACGAGUACCAUCGACACCAGCUACCCAAGCAGCAGGCCAAUCUCCAGUUGUUCUAGGAGAUUUAAGGAUGUCCCAAGAUGGGUGUGGUGAAUCCUCAAAGGUGAGCAGCUCACAGUCAGCCUCACCGCAAGGUCCGCUCCAGUUCAAUGUGAACGGAGGGUAUUCCACGACCAGAGGCGACGGCAUGGAGGACGAGGAAGAUACUAAAUCCGAGAGCUAUGGCUACUGAAAAACUCAGGCUGGUAAAAGAUGUUCAAAUUUUGGAGGCAUAAAAUACAAUACAAUACAUCGGAGUUCGUCAAUUACAGAAGGAUCGUUGUUCUCAGUACAUAAAAGAGGAGAGAAUCAGAGAGAAUGUGAAUUAUUUUUGUAGGAUUAGUUUCUUUUGUGUUCUGUUAAUUUCCCUUUUUUGGGAAUUUGGGUUGAAAUAUUUGUGGUUUAAAGUUUGAUUGAGAUGAUAAUUUGUUUAGUCGAAUGAUGUUUUUUUUCCCAUUUAGGAAAAAAGUUAGCACUUUUUCA